UUCCUUGAACACAAGUACGAAUAUAAUGGCCAGUGUUGAAGAACUUCGUGCUAAAAUCCAACAAUUGGAAGAGGAACUACAAGCAGAGAAGGACAGAAAUGUUUCUUCGGCAGGAAGACAGAAAAUAGAGACGAUGAGCUCGGAAGUAGUUGACAGUAAUCCAUACAGUCGACUGAUGGCAUUGAAGCGAAUGGGCAUUGUUGAUAAUUAUGAGAGAAUCCGAGACUUCACAGUCGCUGUGGUUGGUGUUGGAGGUGUAGGAAGUGUCACUGCUGAAAUGCUGACCCGAUGUGGAAUAGGCAAGUUGUUGCUGUUUGACUAUGAUAAGGUAGAGCUUGCUAACAUGAAUCGUCUUUUCUUCCAACCUCAUCAAGCUGGUAUGAGCAAAGUACAAGCAGCAGAAAAGACUCUCAGAUAUAUCAACCCAGAUGUAGAGUUUGAGACUCACAAUUAUAACAUCACAACUAUGGAGAACUUCAAACAUUUCAUGAGCAGAAUUCAAAAUGGUGGUCGAAAUGGGGAGGCUGUCAACCUGGUGCUAAGCUGUGUGGAUAACUUUGAAGCAAGAAUGGCCAUUAAUAUGGCAUGCAAUGAAAUAAAUCAGAAUUGGAUAGAAUCAGGAGUGAGUGAGAAUGCAGUAUCUGGUCACAUACAACUCAUCAAACCAGGGGAAACUGCUUGCUUUGCGUGUGCCCCUCCCCUAGUGGUAGCUGAGAACAUUGAUGAGAAGACGUUAAAGAGAGAAGGUGUUUGUGCUGCUAGUCUUCCAACCACCAUGGGCGUAGUAGCCGGUCUUUUAGUACAAAACACACUCAAAUACCUGCUAGAGUUUGGCAACGUGACUCACUAUCUAGGUUAUAGCGCCCUCACAGACUUCUUCCCUACAAUGUCAAUGAAACCUAACCCGACCUGUGAUGACAGCUUCUGCAGGAAAUGUCAAGAAGAAUUCCAGAAUCAGCAAGCUUUGAACCCAUCAUCUGAGGUAGAAGAAAUCAAGGAAGAAGAGGUCGUACAUGAGGCUAAUGACUGGGGUAUUGAGCUAGUAGCCGAGACUAGUGCUGAUGAUCUAGUCUCUAAACCAGCCCCAGAGCUUGCUAGCGGGAUCUCAUAUGCCUAUGAUAAACCAGCUGAACAACAACAGAUACCUGAACGUAGUGGAGGUGGAGAUGAGAACCAAGAAGAUGGAGAAUCAUUGGAUGAUUUAAUGGCAAAGAUGAAGAGUCUAUAAAACCAGACCUGUACACCCUGACAGCUGUGAUAUUCAAGAUCUAUAUUGAUUUGCCAUUCCUAUUGCCAUCUUACCUGUUGAGAACCAGUAAGACGUUCACUCCGUGUUAUAGUAUAGGCCUUAAUGCCCUUGUGACUCUCAGCAGAUGAACGUAACUUAUCAUUCCACAACUAGGCUCUAAGUAGAAGGAUUGAUGUCUAAAAAUAGCAUGUCUUGUUUUGGGGCCUGAAAAGGUUAAAAGUUCGUCAACUAUUAAACAUGACUACUAUAUUGAAGAUGCAAAGUGCAUGUAAGAAUAUAUAAUAAAAAAACUCAUAAAUGUUUUUCUGUCUUUUUUCCUUCAUAUUUAUUUCUCAAAAUUUCUGCCCCAUUUCCAUCUCUUUGUUUGUUCUCUUCUCUGAGUGUACUACAUAUACAUGUAUCUAUUUUCCUACUCUUUAUGUUGAUCUGUCUCCCCCCCCC